CCCCUGUGCUCCCAAGUCUCCCAAGGCCUCCUGGCACCCCUCUGCACAUGCUCAGUGUUCCCAGGGGCCCACAGUGUUCCCAGCUGGCUUGCAUCCAUGGACUUGCUUGGCAACCAAGAGUCAGUUGGGCUGAGGCCCUGAGCUCCAACUGUCAGAAGGGGCCAGAGGCUGAGGAGUGGAGGUGGUGUCUUUCUCUGAAGGCCGCACAAUCCUCCUGCGGCCCACAAUGCCUUUGCCGAAGUACUGCAGCGUGGCCACAACCCUGCAGGCCCCUGGCUGGGGCUGUGCUGCCCUACUGGGGGACCUCUCCUUCGCCUGCCCCUUUGCUCACAGAGCACCUGGGCUCCCCAGGCUCCAUGUUCUCACCAGGAAUUCUUCGAAUCACCCAUCUCUCCACAUUGCUGACCCAGCCUGGCAGGGCCCGGGCUGGCUGGGAAGAGUUAGAGAUCCUGCUAACACCUGGGUCCUGGCAAGGAGGGAACCAGAUGGCUUUUAUUACCGGGCUCAGAUAAAGGCUGCUCCAGAGCUGGAGAGUCAGAGGGUCCUGCUUGUGGAAUUUGAGUCUCCCCUUUUCACAGGCCCCAAGCUGCCAGCCCAGAGGCAGAGUGUGGUCUCAGAAGAAGAUGUUAUUCAGCUCUCACCAUUUGUGGAAUAUUCACUGCGACCUGGGGACAAGGUGCUGGCAGCAUGGGAACCAGGCCGACAGCGGUAUGGUCCUGGCAUUGUUCUCUUGGGCUCAGAGAUUCGAGACAAUCAGCCAGCAUCAAAGGAGGAGGAAAUUACUGUUCACUUCUGGAAUGGCAAGACAGCUCAGGUGCCUCUAGGUGGGGUCAGGUGGGUGCCCCCCACUGUCUGGAAGAAGGCCAUGGAGAGGCUGAGUAAGCCUCGCACCAGUGAGGACCCCAGUGCCCUCCUCUGUGCCCCUUGCUGCUCUCCGCUGGGGACAGUCACUGGAGGCAUCACCAACAGGCUUCCUCCGGACACUGCAUUCCUGUGCCCUCCCUGCCAUCCCCAGGCCUGCUGCCAGCCGCUGUGCCAGGGCUACUGCUGUCCCCUGAUGAGCCCCACCUGGUGGCCUCUCACUGGGACCUCAGAUAUCACGGCCAGAGAACUCCCGGUGUCAGAGCUGAAGCCCGCAGCACAGCUUUUGCCCCUAGAAGGUCCUAAAGAGGAGGCAGGGGCAGUGCGUGCAUCCCUUGCUGUUUCUUCCUCUUCCUCCUCCUCCUCUUGUGAAGAAGAUUUGGAGGAGAACCUGGAAAUGGGCCUUCCCCAGACACUGAUGGUGAACAGCGCAGUCAACACUGACCCCAUCCUCCCCAAGAGGCCUUUGGCGCAGAGCGGCCCCCGCCAGCCGGAGUGGAGGUAUUGGAAGAGGAACGGACAGGAGCCCCGUCCUGGAAAGCCAGGAAUAAAAUGUCGCAGCAUCCAGAAAGAUGACAACAAACAAGAGAAAGUACAAACUGCAGUAGUGGGGACUACCAAGAAGCUAGCCCUGAAAGCAACCAUGAUGCCACUGCAGACCCUGCCAGAGGGAGCUGAAUACAGAAAACUGGGUCCAGGUAUCAUAAGGCAUCAGCAGGACAAAAAUCUGCCCAACAGGAAAAGCCCUAAGGAUCUAGGAAAUGAAAGGAUAACAAUAGUAAAUAUUUGAAGAAGGUUACAUAGAGCGGCUGACAUGGCCUUCAAUGCAGAGGUAGCGCACACACCAGAGGUGAGAAUCAAAUAAACACCUACAUCUUCACCCCUUUAUGACCUCCCUGCAGAUGAGCAGGAGGAAGGCAGCUGCAGGAGCUGGUGGCCCUGUCCCGGCAGUCCUUGCCAAGGGCCUGGUGAGACCACUUGACACCUCUCCCACAGAAGCCAGUGCGUGGUUGGCCAGCUGUGGGAAAAUGUGUCCACGGCCUCUGCCAUCUUUUCAUAAAGCCUACAGUUGUACACGGGGAUACUGUAUUUCACCUCUUUUGGAUACCAAUA